AUGGAACUUCAGUGUAGCAUAGAGGACUGCACUGCUGUGUUGAGUUUGAGAACGCCACUAGGUUCCGGUGACCAAGUAGACGCACAAAUAGUCACUUUAGAGGUGAGGGAAGUAUUCAUACAGUUGAAGGGUCCGGAUGGAGAACAGCUGUCAGAAAUCAAGGUUCCGUGGCCCGAUGAUGAACCCGAACCUUCUGAGAUUAAAUAUGUUGAUCCUGAAGAAUGUAUAAAACUGACAAAUAACGCCACAUUAGCAACUGUUCCAAUACGGAUAUCCAGACUUCGUGAGGUUUUGUCUAACCUGAGGCCAGUAAGUCCUCCAAGGCGAUUUGCUUGUUUCUCGAAUCCACCGUGUCCCGCUAAUGAUUCUGGUCAGGGGCGGCUUUACUCCGCUCUUAAGAAGUUUGUACGAGAGCCGCUAGCAGAUGGGGCAUGGGAAGAGGUUUUCAAAUGUCUUUCGGCGAAAGGUGCAAAUGCUGAUGGAUUUUUGACAAAGAAUGAACAAUAUGCCAUUAUUCAUUUUAUACCAGUGAAGUUAUUCACCCCUAAGGAACUGAGAAACAUCUUUGAAACUCUUAAACGGACGAACGUAUUUGGCCCAAGUUGCCUAGGAGAUUUCUACGAAUUGUGUUUGAGCUUGGAGCAAACCUCCCUUGUGCGCUCUGUGAUCCAGUCAAACGAUGCCCUUUCGGAAAAAUGUCUUGCGGCCUUCCUUAAUUUCGUGGCGUCUUUGCUUUCCGCAGAGAAACCACGGCGAGGGGAUAACGAAUUGCUAGCUUGUCUUCUUCAGCGUCAGUUCGAUCCUCGUCGACUGAGCGAUGCAACUGCUCGGAAAAUUACUACCCAGCAUGCGUCAAUCUUAUUGCGUGCGUGUAUGGAUAUUUAUGUCUUAACGAAAUGCAGUUUAGUCGCUGAACAAUCGGAUAUCAUGUCUUCUUUCAAGCAGAUUGACAUAGAACGCACUAAGAUUAUUAAGGCUGAAGAAGAGGACUUUACACUAUAUAAAGUGGAGAAGAUUUUAUUACCCUGUCGACCGCUGAACUGGUGA